GAGUGAUAAUUGUUGAUCCUUCAUGAACCGAGCGAAACAAUGGCCACUUCAAAACCAAUAUCUCCGUUUCGACUAUCCUCCCUCCUCCGUUCCCAAAAGGACCCAUCACUCGCAUUCCAACUCUUCCUCAACCCCAAUCUUCAAAACCGCCCAUUCCACUAUUCCCUCCUCUCCUACGACCUCAUCAUCACAAAACUCGGCCGCGCCAAAAUGCUCCCUCAAAUGGAACUCAUUCUCCAACAACUCCACAACGACACUCGCCACCGCGUCCCUGAACCCCUCCUCUGCCACGUCAUCUCCUUCUACGCACGUGCCCGUCAACCUUCACGUGCCAUCCAAACCUUCCUCUCCAUCCCCUCCUUCCGCUGCACCCCUACUCUCAAAUCAUUCAACUCCCUCCUCAAUGCUCUCCUCACCUGCCGCCAAUUCCAAACAAUAGCUCAAUUCUCUUCCCGUUUAGCCCAAUUUGCCCCCCCAAACACCUGCACCUACAACAUCCUCAUCCGGUCAUCCUUCUUUCAAGGCCACGUAAUUCGCGCCUUGGAACUGUUCGAUGAAAUGCGCAACAAAGGUGUCCGUCCCGACGAGGUCACGUUCGGGACCUUAAUCCACGGGCUUUGCAAGAAUUCGCGCCUGCAUGAAGCUUUCCAAAUGAAAAAAUUGAUGCUUGAGGAGUUCAAGUUGAAGCCCUGUGUUUCUGUUUACACUAACUUGGUUAAAGGAGUUUGCGAGAUUGGGGAACUUGAUUGGGCGUUUAGGAUCAAGGAUGAGAUGGAUAGGAAGAACUUGAGAUUGGAUGCAGUUGUUUAUAACACUUUGAUCAAUGCGCUUUUUAAGGCGGGGAGAAAGGAAGAUGCCUUAAGGGUUUUGGAGGAAAUGAAGGAGAGUGGUUGCCAUUGGAAUUCAGUUACUUGUAAUGUAAUGAUUGGGGAGUUUUGUAGAGAGAAGAAUUUUGAAGAAGCUUAUAGGAUUUUGGAUGGGGUGGAAGACGUUAAGCCUGAUGUAUUUGGUUACAAUAUGGUGAUUGGUUGGUUGUGUAGAGAAGGCAAAUGGAGUGAAGCAAAUGCUUUGUUUCAGGAUAUGCCGCGACGAAAGUAUGUUCCCGAUGUUGUCACUUACCGCACACUGUUUGAUGGGCUUUGCCGGGGGAUGCAGUUCCGGGAAGCUGCAUUUGUCUUGGAUGAGAUGUUGUUUAAAGGGUAUGUUCCCCUUUCCAAGAGUGUGAACAAAUUUGUUGGUGCCUUGUGCAAGGAAGGGAACUUUGAGUUGUUGUCUACAGUUUUGACUGCGUUGGCAAGUAAAGGAGAUUUUUGCAAUGAGGGUAUAUGGAAUGCUGUAGUUUCUGUGGUUUGCAACCAGGAGAAGUUAGCUGUAGAACCAUUUGAAAUUUUUGAUGCCUUGGUGGUGGCAUGAACUGUAUUCUGCUUCAUCAUUGGUAGAUUUGGUUUAACCAAACACACAAGUUGAGAUUCUAUUCAUCUUCAUGUACAAAACAUGAUUCUUGAUAUUUCAAGUAUCAUGACACGAUCCACUCUUAGGUCAUGACUGGCAUAUAGGCUAACACCAACUCAUCAUACCAUUGACAAGUCAAGCGCACAUUGACAGAUUCACAAUUUUAAAUAUAACAGCUAUCAAAAUAUUGCCCUCAAAUGUCCAAGUUUGUCUUUUGGCUGCUGCUGUCUUGAAUGAUAGUUGCAGUUAACCAAUUCUUUUCACUUGGCCUUCAUAUGUAAAAUUUGGCCAUCACAUGUCAAAGUUUAUCUUUUGGCUGUUACCAUCUAAAAUGAUAGAUACGGCUAAACAAUUCUAUU